ACUGAAAUCAGCUGUUUCGAGGCAUGCACAAGAGACGCACGAGACGCACGAACCACCUCCGUGACGGACGGACGGAGCUUCGUCGCCUCCGUCGCGCAGAGUGUAGAAGAUAGUGUCUAAGCUGACGCCGUGUGUUAUUAGUAUAAGCCGCUGUUCGCGGGAGCAGAUUCAACAACGAUCGUAAUGACGAAUAACCCGCUGCUGCUUCCAAGCGUCAACGAUUAUUCGUUUCUCGAUAAAAUAGGCACCGGAAGCUAUUCUACCGUGUACAAAGCAUUGAAAAAGGACUCCUCGGGAGAGAUCGUCGCUAUAAAAUGCGUCGAAAGUUGGACUCUGUCGAAAUCGGCUGUCGAUAAUCUUGUGACGGAGAUUAAUCUGCUCAAAGUCCUUAAACACGAGCACAUAGCAGAGAUGAAGGAUUUUUUCUGGUCCGAUGGGAGAAUUUAUAUCGUGAUGGAAUAUUGCGACGGCGGGGAUUUGUCAAGUUUCAUAAGAAAAAAGCACCAACUGUCGGAGAAGAUAUGUCGAAAAUUUUUGCAACAAUUGGCACUCGCAUUGAGAUACUUGCGGAGCCACGACGUUUGUCAUAUGGAUUUGAAACCGCAAAAUCUUUUGCUCGUUAAAAAGCCAAUUUUAAGGCUAAAAGUUGGAGAUUUCGGUUUUGCACAGUACUUGGCUAAUACCGAGCAAAAAUUUGCCAUUCGUGGCUCACCUCUUUACAUGGCGCCGGAAAUAUUGUUGCGUCACGAAUACGACGCACGCGUCGAUCUCUGGAGCGUUGGGGUCAUAAUGUACGAGUGUCUUUUUGGUAAAGCUCCCUACUCGAGCGGUAGCUUCGAAGAAUUGACUGAAAAAAUCAAAAAUUCACGACCCAUCGAGUUACCAAAGGGAUCUCGCGUAUCGCCGGAAUGCAAAGAUUUGCUCGUCUCUUUGUUGAAACACGAUCCUGCGGAACGAAUAAGCUACGAAAAAUUUUUCAACCACGACUUCUUGGAUCUCGAGCAUGCACCAACCAAAGAUAAUUAUGAGAAAGCUAUUAAACUCGUAAAUGAAGCAGUCAAAUUGGAUAGAGAGAAAAAUACGUUUGACGCAUUCCAUUUUUAUUGCGAAGCACUCACAUAUUUUAUACCUAUUCUAACAAAUGAAUCGGAUCCCCAGAGAAAACGGUUACUCAGAUUGCGGCUAAACGAUUACAUAAAUCGUGCCGAAAAGCUCAAGCAGCUGAACGUAUUGGAUUGUAUAUCACAAAGUAGAAACGACGACGAGGAGACCGCGACGUUACAAAGAAUCAGCGGGAAAGAAGAAGGCGAGGGGGCAGCAGCAGCCUUCGCCUACUCCUGCUACCAUGAAUUGUGUAGACUCGGUAAAAGUACGAUCGACAUGGCUUCCGCUCUUGAGAUGGGACAAGUCGCAGAACAAUACCUGGCAGAAGGAAAUUAUCCGUUGGCUCUCGAAAAGUUCAAGUCUUGUCUGGGUGUGUUGGUUCGUCUUUUGAAAAAGGAGCCAUCAGGACGAAGACGAGACCUUCUAAAUCAUCAGAUACAAAGGUGGAUGAAAGCGGCUGAAAGUACAAAAACGCUUAUCGCUACGAAAAAUCUUGACGAUUUCACGUCGAGUAGCAGGGAUCCGGCGGUGGUCUCCGAAUCCCAGGAUCAAUGUGUCCUACAAUAGACCAAUUUGAGGAUUAAACCGAAUAAAAUGACUAUUUGCAUUA